AUUCAUUAAAAUUAUUAGUUACGAGACUCGUCCAAUCCUUUCUCAAGUAACUCGAUACUAUAUAAUUUAAGAAAAACCCAUCGAUACAUCGUAGAAUGAUUACUAUAUUAACAUCAUAAUAAGAACGAAUGUAUCGUUAUUACUUCAAACAUUAUCGUGUGCAUUGAGAUUUCAUUAGAAUAUCCAAGAUAAAACUUGAAACUUCUUUCGUUUUCAUCACGAGAAUUUAAUUUCAGUUGUUACACGUACAACUUUCAAACGGUUGCUUCACUUCUCGGAAGAUGACGCUCCUAUGUCUUUUUUUAAAGAGUUCCGACGUUAUUCACAGUUAAUAAUUCGUGAAUUGUUUAUCGGUACGGUAUGCAUUAGGAGGAAAAUUUGAAAAUUUCAAUUUAACUUUUGAGAUAACGUGCAACGUACAAGUGUUGGAUUUACGAAACCAAAGUGAUCGAAUACUCGGGAGAAUUCAUUAUCUAUUCAACCGAUAAACGCGAAUGAAUUCUGUAGUAAUUUUUAUACAUUUCAUUGAAGUUUUAACGUUUGUAAUAGGAGGAAAAAUCGAUUGGACUUGUCUGUCUACGAAGAGGCUGCGAGUGUAAAUCUGACCAAAUCUAUAGUCUUAGUGAUAUAAUUGGUGGAAGUUGUGUUGGAUCUGCGCAAUCCACAAAGAGGGAAUCUAAAUCAUGGUCCCGUACGUCUCAGAGAAGUUGGACCGAAAAUACAUUGUAUGAUCCAUUGAGUACUUCAAAAACAUCUUGGCCAGUUUCUCGGUCUCAAACAAUGUUUCUUCCAGAAUUUCAAAUAAGACAAGUACCUUUGAAAGCUGCUUAUACUAUCUUAAAUGUGAUAGCUAAAGGAGCAUAUGGAAAAGUAUACAGAAUCCAGAAGCAAGACACUGGCCAAGUUUUUGCUUUAAAAGUAAUCAGCAAAGCCAAGGUGGUCUCGGAAAAUGGAGUGACUCAGGCUAAACAGGAAGUUGCCAUACAGAAACUAGUCGGCCACCAUCCGUUUAUAUUAAACUGUUCUCAUAAAUGGCAAGGCAGAAAGACGUUGUAUAUUUUAACUGAUUAUGUCGGCGGUGGAGAGUUAUUUUCCCUAGUUGAGCAAUGCGGUUGUUUGCCAGAAGAUAUAGCUAGAAUAUAUGUAGCAGAAGUUGCCUUAGCUAUCGAUUUCUUACACAAUGCUGGCAUAGUUCAUAGAGAUAUAAAGGCAACAAAUGUUCUUUUGGAUGAGGAGGGUCAUGCUGUAAUUAUUGAUUUUGGCCUUGCAAAGUGGUUGAAUCAUACAGAAAGAACAAAUACAUUUUGCGGAACACCCGAGUACAUGGCACCAGAAAUACUGAAGAGGCAACAUUAUGGGCAAGAGGUGGAUUGGUGGUCAUUGGGAGUUCUGACUUGCUUCAUGCUUACAAAUCAGUACCCGGCUGGUGCAUCCAGCGAGCUUCUGCCAGAGGACAGAGGAACGAAUUACGCGCCACCUGGAACCCUGCCCUCAAACGGUGAACAAAUCUCUACAGCAGCCAAAGAUCUCCUGAAACGGUUGCUGGAGCCAGACCCUUGUCUCAGGUUGAGGUCUCUACGCGGCUUGCAGAGAAUCGCGUUUUAUAUGGGCCACGAUCUACAGAGCUACAUGCUGAAAAAGGAAUCGCCAUUUCAACUGCUAGGACGGAAGGUUCAAACUCAGCAGGAGAGGAUGAUCAGAGAGUUCUCCAAUUUCGACUCGUCCUUGGGUGACAACAGCAUCUCUCACGCCGAGGAUCGAUGAUCUCACACUAGUAGUAGCUUUAUCUCUAGCUUUAGCUGUCGCGAGACAAACGAGUCGUUCCUCAGCUAUUUUUUCAACAGAGAUGGGCGUUGCUAAUAGAAAAGAAAUUGUGUCAGUACAAUCCGUUGUUCGUCAAUUAAAAUCGCCCAUCUCUGGUUUCCCGAUUGUGUUGCUUGCCGAGCAACGUCAUCGAUGCCAUCCAUUAGUUUAAGCGUCGAGAUGAUCUCGUGUUUGCGGAAGGUAAAAAUUAGUUUAAAUGAUCAGUUAGAUUUUUCUAUUCUGCAGCUAGAACAGAUAUUCUUUUUACCCUAUGUGAUUGGUGUAUGCAAGUCUGCAAACGGUGCUGUUCCCUAAACAGGAGGUGCGCUUUUGUAUCGCUGAAUGUUAAAACGUAUGGGGCUUUCGUGUGCGGUGUGCUUUGAUGUAGGUGACGAUACCUACCAAAUGUAUCCUGAUAUAAAUGAAACUACUUGACUAUGGUAUUUAACGAGUGUUUCAUUGGAAUCUUCAACAAGUCGAGAAAAAAUUGUAAGUCUCAGUUUACAAAAGUUUUAAUUUCUUUAAGAAUAGUUAACAGUAUUUUUGUUACAGUAUUUCAUCGAUAAUACAAUAAAUUGCGAUAAAUCGUAGUGCGUACAAACUAACAAACAAAAAAGAAAAGAAAACAGAACGGAUCUGAAUCAAAAAACGCAGCGUCUUUUUUCGGUGUAUUAUUUUUGUUGUUUUUUUUUCUUUUAUGUUUAGUUUAGUUUUCAUCAAAAUCAAUACGAGAACCGUGUUUUUUUUUUUUUUUACUGCAUUCUUUCAUUCGUCUCUUUUGCAUUCGUCCACGAAUAGUAUACGUAUAUUACCAUCGGAUUUGUUGCUCCGUGUCCUCGUUCGUCUUCGUGCGUUUCAAUUUUUUUCCAUUAUUUUGUUCACCGUUUUUUCUCUCUUUCGCAUUGCUCUCUCGGGAAUCGACAGGGGCGG